GGAUCACUUGUAGAAAACUGCCUCCAGGCAGCAGAGUUGCACCCAAAGGGUGGGGGAGGGAGCCGGGGAAUUAUUCCAAAGUUGGAGGAGCUGAGGCGGAGGCUGAGAGUACACAGUAGCCACGCGGGUCCUGAGAAAGCCUAGUAAGGGAGAGAAGCCGCUGCGGAGUUGAAGAGAAGGAGAAGAAAGAAGAGGAGAAGGAAGAAGAGAAGUUUGAAUUCUUUUGCACGAUGCCCUCCUUCGACGAGGUGCUACAGAAGGCGGGCGAAUUUGGGCGCUUCCAGAGACGGGUUUUCCUGUUGAUGUGCCUGACGGGCAUCACUUUUGCCUUUCUCUUCGUCAGCGUGGUCUUCCUGGGCAUCAGUCCGCACCACCACUGGUGCCGGGGUCCCAGCGCCGCGGCACUGGCGGAGCGCUGCGGCUGGAGCCCAGAGGAGGAGUGGAACCUCACAGCGCCCGCCGCGAGCGCCCAGGAUUUGGGAGCCCGCUCCGACGGGCGCUGUGAGCGCUACGAGCUCGAAGCAGCCAACUGGAGCAGUGCUGGGGAUGCUGCCAAUGCUGCGGAGGGGGCUCUGAGCUGCAGCGACCCGCUCGCCUUCUUCCCCAACCGCACGGCGCCCUUGGUCCCCUGCCGGGACAACUGGAAGUACAGCCAGUCUUACCCUUCGAUUGUCAGCGAGUUCAACAUGGUGUGUUUAGACUCUUGGAUGUUGGAUUUUACCCAGGCUGUUCUGAAUCUAGGGUUUCUGGCUGGGGCUUUUACUCUGUGCUAUGCAGCAGACAGGUAUGGAAGAAUAAUUAUAUAUCUAAUCUCCUGCUUUGGUGUGGGAAUAAGUGGUAUUGUUGUGGCAUUUGCUCCAAACUUUCCUGUGUUUGUGAUUUUCCGCUUCCUGCAAGGUGUUUUUGGAAAGGGAACAUGGAUGACAUCUUAUGUUAUUGUGACAGAAAUGGUUGGUUCAAAACAAAGGAGAAUUGUGGGAAUCGUGAUUCAAAUGUUCUUUACCCUUGGAAUCAUAAUUAUCCCUGGGAUCGCCUAUCUCAUCCCCAAAUGGCAAGGGAUACAGUUAGCCAUCACACUGCCCAACUUUCUGUUCCUUCUCUAUUACUGGGUGGUUCCUGAGUCUCCCAGAUGGCUAAUCACUCGGAAGAAAGGAAAAAAGGCCUUGAAAAUUCUGCAGAGCAUUGCCAAGUACAAUGGGAAAUAUCUCUCACCAACUUACUCAGAGAUCACUGUUACAGAUGAGGAGGUUAGUAAUCCAUCCUUUUUAGAUCUGGUGAGGACUCCCCAAAUGAGGAAAUGCACACUUAUUCUAAUGUAUGCUUGGUUCACAAGUGCUGUGGUUUAUCAAGGACUUGUCAUGCGCCUGGGAAUCAUAGGUGGAAACCUCUAUAUCGAUUUUUUUAUCUCAGGAGUUGUGGAAUUGCCUGGAGCUCUCCUGAUCUUACUAACUAUAGAGUGUAUUGGACGACGCCUUCCCUUUGCAGCAAGCAACAUAGUGGCAGGAAUUGCAUGUCUUGUUACAGCAUUCUUACCAGAAGGGAUACCAUGGUUGAGGACCACAGUAGCUACCAUAGGAAGACUGGGGAUUACCAUGGCCUUUGAAAUAGUUUAUUUGGUGAAUUCCGAAUUGUAUCCAACAACAUUAAGAAACUUUGGCGUUUCAUUGUGUUCAGGUUUGUGUGAUUUUGGAGGUAUUGUAGCUCCAUUCCUGCUGUUUCGGCUAUCAGCCAUCUGGCUAGAACUACCUCUUAUCAUUUUUGGUAUUCUUGCAUCAGUGUGUGGGGGCCUUGUCAUGCUCUUACCAGAAACAAAGGGUAUUGCCUUACCUGAGACAGUGGAAGAGGUAGAAAAGCUUGCCAGCCCACAUUUGUAAAAAAAGAGGCAAGAAAAAGAAAAGUCAAGUUACGAGCAUUCACACUUGAGUCCUUGCCAAAGACUAAAGAAGAUAUUCAGAGAGAUCCCUGGGAACCUGGUCCCUAUCAAAUACUCCUCUGAAAUCAAUAAAACACAACUUGCAACAAUGUGUUUCAUUUUCAAUUGCAUUCUAAAAUGAAAAAUUUCUCUCUGCUGUAUACAUAUAUCGUAUUUUAAGUACGAUAUAAAGAGUUUCAACAUAUCCAGCGUAUUUUUAUAUAACAUUGGAAAGAAUAGAUAUUUCCUUCUGGGAGAAUGGGACAUGUGGCUAAAUAAUAAAGAACCACUUCCUUCAGCAGCUUUCAUGGAGCCAAGAAAUUUUCUUUUAUUGGAGUUGUACUCACCUGAUACAGUAGGAAAAAAGAGCUCAGUAAAGAAUGACAAAAUGUGCCCAACCCAUUCUGAUGAGGAUUUCAACAUCAAGUUGGGAAAUGCAAACAAACAGAAUUUAGAGAUGGUAAUCUAAGUAGUAAUAAUUCAAUUCAACAAGAAAAAAUAUGAGGGUGACUUCCACCAAAAUCUUGCCAAAUAACAAAUGUGCCAAACUGAAAAUCUUUCUAAAAGACCAUAGAAGACCAAGACUUAGGAGCUCUGAUAAUGGAAUCCUAAAUAUAUUGGACAACACUGGGCUGAACCUUCACCAUCUCUUCUCAUCUUAAAUGCUUGGAGUAUAGCAUUCCCCACUUUGGUUUUCAUUUUCUCUUUUGUCAGUUUAAAGAAAUCUUAGCUUGGUUUAGUCAUUGUGCCAAUUACAGAUAUCCAUUAAGUAAUACAGGUGGAGAUUUUGGCUAGCUUAUUAAUCAAGGUUAGCCCUGAGAUUAUCCAAAAAGAUUACUAUUUUCCCUGCAAUAAAUGCCUAGAGCCAGAUCUUUAGCCUAAUGAGAAGGAACUGUGGAGAGAAAAAUGGCCUUCACUACUGAUGAGUUCACAGUUAUCUGUUUUUUCAAAGGCUAAAGUGUUCUAUAUUAUAUUGGUUAGGUUUGUUUCUUGAUGAUUAUCUAUAUUUAAUAAGGCAUAGAGAUUUCCUUUCUAAUUCUUCCAAUUCUUGCUUAUCCAGGGACUGAGCCAAUGCUUAAUGCAAAAUGAAGAGUAUGUAUAUCAAUGCUUACAGUCAUUAGCAUCUAGUUUCGUAAGUGCUCUUAGACAUCACAAAAUUAUCCUUGAGUGGCAUCAGUGUUUUUGGCAUUCUGUUCUGUAUGUUAUCCUUUCAGGUGGAGUGUGUACCUCAUACAGUAUUCUUAACUAUUUUUGGAGGUCAUGGGGCAAAGGGAUAUUAAAGGGGAAGAGAACAUGACCGUGGAGAGAAUUUCUAUUAGAGUAUGCAUAUAUACAUAUAUAUAUAUGUACAUAAUAUGUGUGCAAAUCAAUUAAACUUUUAAUCUUUAUAUUACAACUGAUUUUAAUGUUCAGUGUUCAUUUGACAAAAUACAGCAGACAAUUUGCUUUGGAUUGUAGUGACAUAGGAUGGCUUUGCUAAUUCACAUUUGUAUUGCUAUUGCCUUUUUGCCCUUAAGAACACUAGCUUUAAGAGAACUUUUCCAUUCUUUAAUAUGACCUUUGUAUCUUUGAGCUAUUUUAAUUACAGUAACAAUAAAAAGCGAUAAAUUGGAAAGAAAAAUGAA